GCUUCGUUGCGUCGCAUCGUUGCAUUAUUCGCCAUUUGGCAUCUGGACCACCAUUCUUUCGAUAGAAAGAAGAUGACUGUCCCUUACCAGGAAGAAAUCACUGACUACCUUGCCUCGGUAGGUAGAAACACGGACAUACCUUCCCAGGAAGAAAUCAUCGGUCACAUUACAACGAUUAGUUCGAGAGCCUUUCAUGAAGCCGUACCGCUGUUCUGCGCAGCGUAUUCGUGGAUUUCCGCGAAAAUGGCAUCUCUAUCCCUUGCCGCUCCUUCUUGGCUUUCCACUCUUCUCGAUGAUUUUUUCUUUAGCUUUACCAUUGGAGAUAGGUUUGAUUCGAAUAAGGAAAUCAACACUGCAAUUGUUUUGCUGUUGGCAUGGUCAUACUAUAAGACUUUCCGGACGUUGUUUUUGGGUAUACGUUUUAUUUGGAGGACGAUGCUAUGGAUUUACUGGGUAGUUCGAUUGGUCGUGGCAAAUAUCUACGGCGUUUUCUUCAGCGCAGCUCAAUUUUUCUCAGCUUCAAUCUUCGGCAAAAAACAAGGCCACGAAUACAACGACGAUGGCAACCAUGACCAGCGACUGCGAUCCGCUGCUGUACCUCCAAAAAAUCAUGGUACAAACGAAAACCCACAUUCUAUGCAGAGUCUGCAUCAGCACCGUCAGCUGCAAAAACCUGAUGAUGUCCCGCAGCAGAGAAAUGCGGCAUCCGCCAACAUGGCAUUGCCCCUGAUGGCUCAUCUCGAACAGCCAAUAACAGUAACAUCCCCGGCAUUGUCUCGGCAGCAUCCACAAACAGAACGGGCGCCGUCGAUGGUGAUUCCUCACAUGGAGCAGAAACAGUCGACCUUAAUCGCGCCGCCGCCAGGCGUGGUUCGUUGCGACAACAAUAGCAGCCCGGUGGCUCCUUCGUCAUUUGCUCCCAUUGCCUUCCCCGUCGCUCCAAUUGCGUCCUUUCUAAACCGACAAGUGUAUCCGCAUUCGUCCAUAGUUGCGAAUAGCGUUACAAAUUUGAAUCCACAGCCGCAGGCGCCCAUCUUUGUCCCUACCUCGAACGCACCCGUCGCCACCAAUAUCAAAGAGGAGGAAAGAGAUUUGCGCGUACAGAGCGACAGCGAAGAUGAUCACGAUGGGGACUGGAACGAACAGAAUUGCCUUCGGGUCAUGCAUAGUGUCAACGCCACAAAAAGCAACGAACACAAGACCUUGACGAACCAUACCAACAUGAAAGCAAAGCCAAUGAUUCAAAAGUCGUGCAAGCGGAAGCGGGAAGCCACCGAACUAGCAGCAAAACGCACAAAUGCGUCAACUACUCAGCAAUCAAAGAAGCAGCGCAUCGCAAGGGCACGAGCCAACGCCAAAAAAUGGGCGAACGAGACCUUUGCUGACUAGUUCACGGGUCAGGGGAGAUAUGAGUGGUGAAGUUCAUAGCCACGGGGUAAGGAAUGAGCAAUACGGCUCCAAUCAAGAUAAAAUAUGAAUAUAUGG